AUGGAUAGUGUAGGAAAAUUAGAAAAAAAUAAUAAAAAUAUUAAUUUCAACUAUGAGAAAAAUGAAGAUAAAUUAAAUUUACACAACUUUGAUGAUGAAAGAAAUGCAAAUACUAAUAUAAUGAAUAAUAAAAAUAUAGUAAGUAAAAAGAGUUUUUUACUAAAUAUAUUAACUUCUAAAGAAAAUAUCAAAAAUGAGCAUAAUGUAAAUAAUUUAAAGUAUAUUAAAGAAAAAAAAAGUAAAUUAAAAGACUUAGGAGUAAAUAAAAAAAAUGAUAAAGAAAAAAUAAAAAAAAAAAAUAGCAAUUUAAAGAAUUUAAAUUAUACAAAUGAAAUGAAUAACAAGGUUUUAAAAAUAAAGACGAGAAAAAUGGAUCAAAUAGAUAAUAUAUGUAAAAAAGAUUAUUUAUCAAUAACUAGAGGCAAUCCAAAUAAAAAAAAUUAUUUAAGCAUUGAUAAUAGUUCAAUUAAUUACUCUACAAGCAAUUUAAAUACAGAUUGUAAUUCUGAUUUUUCAAAUAUUGAAGUUAAAAUAUCAAGAAAUGGAGAAGGGAAUGGUAAUGAAUUAUCAGAAGAAAAUUUUGAAAAUAUUGAAAAAGAAAUAAAAAAUCAAAAAGAAAAUGAAGAAAAUAAAAUUUUAUGUAGUUUAAAGGAAGAGAAACUACAUGAAAUAAAUAUUAAAGACGUAGAAAAAAAUUUUCAAAAGGCAAUGGAUAAAAAUAAAGAAAAAAAAGAAUGUGUCUUUUCAAAAUCAAGAAGUUCAAUUGAAUUUAAAGCAAACAAUGAAAACAAUGAGCAAAAUAAUAUGAAAAUUAAUGGAAACGAAGAAAAUGUAUUUUCGUUGUGCAAUAUAAAAUGUGACGAUUCUUAUUAUGAUGAUACGGCGAGAUCGAAUAAAUUAAAAAACACAAAAAGUGCAAGCAACAUUUUAUAUUCAUCAAGUAAAUCAUAUGGAAAUAUGAAAUUAUCAAGUAGUAAUAUAAAAAUAAAAAAUGAAAAAAAUUUGGAAACAAAAAAAAGAAUAAAAAUUACAUUCAAAAAUUUUUUUUAUGAAAUAUGGAAAAGGAAUAUAACAAUAAAAAAAGAAAUAAAUUUAUUUAAUAAUAGAAAUAAUUCAUGUAAAGCUAAUAUUGGAAAUGCUAACUUAAAUCAUUCUAAUGAAAGGGAGUUAAUGACACAGAUACCUUUAAAAUUUAAGGAUAAAACGGUUGAAACAUUAUAUGUUCUUAAUUUAAAUAAUUGGAUAUCAUCAAGAAUCAUAAUAAUAGGAUUUAUUAUGCUAAUUCUUUGUUUUUUUCUUUGGCCCUUAUCCAUUUGGUCAUUUAGAACUGCAAACGCAUGGGGAAAAUACAGUUAUAUUGUAAUAUUAUUUCAUUUUUUAAUGAUUUUAAAUAUUAUAAUAUUAACAUUUUUUAUAAUUAUUGGAUUAACUAAAUUAAGUAAAUAUUCUGAAGUUAUGUCAUAUGUUUUGUUUGGUGUUAUGGUUUUUAUAUGGGGACUAUGGAAUAUAGCAAGUAGUGCAACUAUGAAUAAUGAUUUAUCUUUAAAACUAAUACCUGCUUUAUCAUCAGCUUUUGAAACUGUUUAUACUUUAACUUAUAUUUAUGGUAUUCUACCACUUGUAAUAAUGGAUGUAUUCUUUCCAUCAAGAACGAAAUAUAAUUGGUCUAUCCAUCUAAUCUUUAUAUCUUUAAAUUCAGCUAGCAUAAUUAUAGUUGGAAUGACGAAUCCUGGAUUUGUUCCUGGAGUAUACGUAGUUUUUCGAAUUAUUGCAUAUACAACUUUAUGUAUGUUCCUAUAUAUAGGGUGUUACAUCUCGGAGCUGCAAACCCGUUACGUUUUUUAUAAUUUAUUGAUAACUGGAUAUAAAUUAGAUAAAAUAGAAUCUGACUUGCAUAAAUAUAAUAAUGAUAAUAAAAUUUCUACUGCAAUUGAAGAUUUGGUUCUUAUGAUAAAAGAGUGUACUAAAGUUAUUUUAGAGGUAGAAAAUGAUAUUGAUAUAAAGUUAAGUGCUCAUAGUAAAAUGUGUUAUUGUUCUAACAUACUACAACAAUGUUUAUCAACUUUAACAAAAAGUGAUAAUCUUUAUAAUAUUGAUUAUGAUGUUUUCGACAAUUUUGAAAAUAAAAAAUUUAUAGAAGCAUAUGUAAGUAAGAGUAAAAGCAGUUUUUUUUGCGAUGAUGAAAAAAGCGUUGAUUUUAAAAUAAAUAAAUCUUUUUCCAAUAAUGAUUGUAUUUGUGCUCAUAAAGUAGAUUUAGAUAAAAAAGGAAUUAAAAAAUUUUUAAAAGAAAUUGACACUUUUCAUAUUAGACAAAUGAUUCAAAUAAUUGACAACAAAACGUUGUCUCAAUGGGAUUUCAAUAUUUUAGAUUAUUUUGAUAAGUCAAAGUAUCCAUUCUUUGAUAUUAACCUUUCUUUAAUUUAUACAAUUGCUCAUAGCAUACCAAUAAAUUUAAUCAUAAAUUUUCUUUCAUUUACCGAAAAACAAUACAAUAGUGUUCCAUACCACAAUACAAUGCAUGCUUCUAUGGUAACGCAAAAAUUUUUCUGCUUAAGUAAAAAGUUAGGUAUAUAUGAACAUAUGGAAUACAAAAUAAAAUUAGUUAUGUUUAUAUCAGGAAUAUGUCAUGAUAUUGGUCAUCCUGGUUAUAAUAAUUUAUUCUUUGUUAAUAGUUUACAUCCUUUAAGUAUCAUUUAUAAUGAUAUUAGCGUCUUAGAAAAUUAUCAUGCAUCAAUAACUUUUAAAAUUUUGCAAUUAAAUCAAUGUAACAUUUUAAAAUCCUUUUCAGAAAAAGAUUUUAGAUUAAUACGUUCAUAUAUUAUUGAAUUAAUUUUAAGCACCGAUAUGAAGCAUCAUUUUGAAAUAAUUUCAAAAUUUAGAGUAAGAAGAGAGAAUGAAGAUUUUGAUUAUAUAAAAAAUAAUGAUGAUCUAUUAGUAGUAAUAAAAAUGAUUAUAAAAAGUGCUGAUAUAUCUCAUGGUUCAGUUAAAUGGGAUGAACACUAUAAAUGGUGUCAGAGGGUAUUAUGUGAAUUUUACUCUCAAGGAGAUGAAGAAUUAAAAAACAAAAUGCCUGUAUCUCCCUUAUGUGAUAGAACAAAACACAAUGAAGUUUGCAAAUCUCAAAUUACAUUUUUGAAAUUUGUUGUUAUGCCAUUGUUUGAAGAAUUAACAUAUAUAGAUAACAACAAAUUCAUAAAAAAUUUCUGUCUAAAAAGAUUAAAUAGUAAUUGCUUAAUGUGGGAUAAACUAAUGAAAGAAGAAAAAGAAAUCGAGGUUUAUGAUCCAAAAUGUUUAAAGAAAAGAGACAAAAAUAAAAAAAAAUUGGAUAAAAAAAAGAAAAGUUAUAUUGAUUUAACACUAUUUUUUAUAAAGAAUAUCUCUGAUUAG